CUCACUACGACAAUGUCAACACGGCGCGACUCGACAUCAUCCGGUAGCGGCGACGAGGGGGGAUUCGGGCUAGGCGAGCUGAUGCCGCGCUCCCCAUCCCCCGAACCCAUCCCCUUCUCCUACGCCUCGUACGACCUGCCCGAGUCGCUGGGAUACACCGCCGCGGACGGCGGGCGGGAGGUGUCGAUCCGGCUCGUGGGGAGCCAUCCGCUGUGGGGACAUCAUUUGUGGAACACGGCCCGCGUGACAACCACCUACCUCCUAACGCACGCGCCGACCCUGCUGCGGGGCAAGCGCGUCCUCGAGCUCGGCGCGGGCGGCGCGCUGCCCUCCGUCGCUGCUGCGCUAGCGGGCGCAGAGUGCGUCGUGGCGACAGACUACGCCGACGCGGCGCUCAUGGAGAACAUUGACGUCAACUUUGAGCGGAAUUUGCCUUCUGCGGUGCGGGGGAACGCGCUGGCGGUCGGACAUACUUGGGGGCAUGAUGUCGCGCCGCUCCUCGCGGCUGGCGCCGCGGGCAGCUCCGCCGCCGACGGCCGGUACGACCUCGUCAUCCUCUCCGACCUCAUGUUCAACCACUCGCAGCACGACGCGCUGAUCAAGACGCUCGACGCGACGCUGAGCCUCGCCAAGGGCGUGCCGACGGCCGAGGGAGCCGCCCCGCAGACCCCCUGCGCGCUCGUGUUCCUCACGCACCACCGCCCACGCCUCGCCGACGCCGACAUGGCCUUCUUCCCGCGCCUCGCGGCGUCCGGUAGCUGGGGGUACGAGCGCGUCGUGGAGGAGUGGACUGGGCCCAUGUUUGACAACGACCCGGGAGACGAGCGCGUCAGGGGCACGGUGCAUGGGUUCCGGUGCUGGCGGUUGUGAGCGCCGAGCGGGGCGGAGCGAGGCGAGGAGUGGGGAGUGCAGGGAGUGACUGCGUGGCUGCGUGAUAGCUUGUGAUGAUAGACGCCCGCCCUCGCGACAAGCGACAGCCACCACGGCACAACCUGUAUGCAUCAUGCAGCAUGGAUCGGA